UGAGCUCAGCUCUGUCCCUGCAGCAUUCCCAGAAAUCCAAGACCGGGAAUUCCCUCUCCAGGAAUGGAACCAGGGAACGGUUCCCAAACUUUUCUCCUCUGGCUCCAGAGAAAAAUUCCCAGCUCUGUCCCUGCAGCAUUCCCAGAAUUCCCAGGAAUUCCAUCUGCAGGGAACUUCCAGAGAAACAAUUCCCAGCUCUGUCCCUGCAGCAUUCCCAGGGAAUUCCCGGCGCUCCAGCAGGGAAGGGUUCCCAGGCUUUCCCCUCCUGGCCGGGCUUGGCUCUGCAGUUCCCAGGAUGCCAAAUUCCAGUGGGAAUUCCAGAGGCUGCGCUGGCUCCUGCCAGGAAGGAACUGACAAUCUCGAGAGGGAUCAGUGAUGGAAACUGAUGGAAAACAACAGAAAAUUCUGGAAACCCCUCAAAACCAGAAUAUCCCAGCCUUUAACUUCCAGGGACCCUGGGGAAAAAGGAUAAAUUAGAGAAAAAUUUUUUAAAAUGCUCAAAAAUAGGAUUUCCCAACCUGGAAAACAGGGAUAAAUUAGGGAAAAUUAAAAAAAAAACUUCAAAAAUCGAAUUUCCCAAGCUGGAAAAGAGGGAUAAAUUAGGGAAAAUUUAAAAAAAACCCUGGAAAUCAGAAUUUCCCAGGCUGGAAAAGAGUGAUGGGAAUGGAUGAAAAAUGAGAGAAAAUGUUUUAAAACCUCUCAAAACUCGAAUUUCCCAGGCUGGAAAAGAGGGAUAAAUUAGGGAAAAUUUUAAAAAUGCUCAAAAAUAGGAUUUCCCAUCCUGUAAAACAGGGAUAAAUUAGGGAAAAUUUUAAAAACCCCUUCAAAAAUCAAAUAUCCUCGCCUGGAAAAGAGGGAUCACAGAUAGAAAUUGAUGAAAAAUGAGAGAAAAUUUUUUAAAACCCCUCAAAACUCGGAUUUCCCAGGCUGGAAAAGAGGGAAUAAAUUAGGGAAAAAUUUUUUAAACCCUCAAAACUCAGAUUUCCCAGGCUGGAAAAGAGGGAUCAGAGACAGAAAUGGAUGGGGAAGGAGAGGAAAUGUUUCAAACCCCCCAAAGUGAGAUUUCCCAGGCUGGAAAAGAGGGAAUAAAUUAGGGGAAAAUUUUUUAAACCCUCAAAACUCGGAUUUCCCAGGCUGGAAAGGAGGGAUCGGUGGUGGAAAUGGGGGGAAAGGGGAGGGAAUGUUCCAGAACCCCAGCCCGGGGGUGCCGGGUGUUUUCCCCGCGGCCCCGGAGCAUUCCAGGCUGGCUGCGGGUGAUUCCAGCCGUGAUUCAGCGGAUGGGGCCGGGCGGGCGGAGCAGGAAAAGUCACCUGGGCAGGAAGGGACAAACUCAACCUCACCUGGGCAGGAAGGGACAAACUCACCUGGGCAGGAAGGGACAAAGUCACCUGGGCAGGAAGGGACAAACUCACCUGGGCAGGAAGGGACAACCUCACCUGGGCAGGAAGGGACAACCUCACCUGGGCAGGAAGGGACAAACUCACCUGGGCAGGAAGGGACAAGCUCAAAGUGCCCUGGGCUGGCCCCGCGCCGCUUCCCGCUCCGGGAGAUCCCGCGGCGCAUCCCGGCUCGGCUCCCGGGGAUCCAGUCCCGCAUUCCCGCGGAUUCCCGGAGGAUUCCCGCGGAUUCCUGGAGGAUUCCCGCGGAUUUCUGGAGGAUUCCUGGAGGAUUCCUGGAGGAUUCCUGGAGGAUUCCGGGGCUUUGGGAGAGCAGGAGAUGGUUUGGUCCCUCUAACCGCACCUGAACAGGCCCGGCUCAAGCUCCGUAAGCCCAGAAUUCAGAGAUUCCCCAUGGAAUCCUCUGCUCUCCUCCCUGCUCCCAGCAGCCGGGGGUCUGCCCGGGCUCCGUUCCCCUCGGGGGGCUCCAUCAUGUCCUGCUUCCCCCAGCUGUGGCACUCCAGCACGCCCGAGUCUCCCUCCAGCCCGGUGCCCAGCCCGGUGCCCAGCCCGGUGCCCGGCGCGGUGCCCGGCGCGGUGCCCGCGGUGCCGCUCAGCCCGGUGGCGCUGCCGUCGCCGGGCGAUGCCCGCAGGAAGGGCCGCUCCCCCGCGGGCUCCCCGAGCUGCGCCAGCCCCGGCUCGCCCAAGCCGGCCUCGCCCGUGGAGUGCUCCAUCUGCUUCAACACCUACGACAACACCUUCAAGACGCCCAAGCUGCUGCAGUGCUCGCACGUGUUCUGCCUGGAGUGCGUGGCGCGGCUGAGCGCGGCGCUGGGCGCCGGCCAGGAGCUGCUGCCGUGCCCCUUCUGCCGCCAGCCCACCAGCCUGCCCAGGCAGGGCGCGCCCGGCCUGCGCACCAGCAAGGAGCUGCUGGCCACGCUGCCGCCCGAGCUGCAGCGAGAGCGCGAGCUCUGGAUGGACGGCACCAAGCUCUGCUGCCGCCGCGCCUCGGCCGACGCCGAGAACCCCGAGUCGUGCCUGUCCGUGGACGUGGCCCUGAGCAAGGCCGAGAGCGCCGAGGCGGCUCCGGGGGGCCUGGCGGGGCGGCUGUCGCGCUGCGAGCUCUGCGACGACUGGAAGCGCGUGGUGCUGCUCUCGGCGCUGCUCAUCAUCCUCUUCUGCGUCAUCCUGUGGCCCGUGCAGUGCGCGCUCAAGACGGGCAACCUGCGCUGCUUCACGCGGACUGCGGCCGUCAGCCGGCCCGAGCUGCUGCCCCCCAAAGCCACCGCGGCCGCCGCGGCGGUGACACGGCCGCCCUUCCAGUAGGGACAGAGCCCUGGGGAUGCUCAGGGAUGGGGACAAGAAUGGGACCUUCUGUCCUGGCAGAAUCUGUCACAUGGCCGCCUUUCCAGUUGGGACAGGGCCCUGGGGCUGCUCAGGGAUGGGGAUAAGGAUGGGACCUUCUGUCCUGGCAGAAUCUGUCACACGGCCACCCUUCCAGUAGGGACAGGCCACUGGAGCUGCUCAGGGAUGGGGACAGGGACAGGACCUGCUGCCCUGACAGGACCUGGGACAAAACCCCCUCUCCAGUAGCACCAGGAGCUCCUGGAUCUGCUCAGGGAUGGGACCUUUUGUCCCGGCAGAAUCUGUCACACGGCCGCCCUUCCAGUAGGGACAGAGCCCUGGGGAUGCUCAGGGAUGGGGACAAGGAUGGGGCCGUCUGUCCUGGCAGAAUUUGAGACAAAAUCCCCGUUCCAGUAGUGCCAGCACCUCUGGAUCUGCUCAGGGAUGAGGACAGGGACAGAACCUACUGCCCUGUCAGGACCUGGGACAAAACCCCUCUCCAGCAGCACCAGGAGCUCCUGGAUCCGCUCAGGGAUGAGGACAGGGACAGGACCUGCUGCCCUGGCAGGAUCUGGGACAAAAUCCCCAUUCCAGCAGAGCCAGAGCCCCUGGAUCUGCUCAGCUCCAUGGGGACAAGGGACAGGACCUGCUGCCCUGACAGGGCUUGGGACAAAACCCCUCUUCAGCAGCACCAGGAGCUCCUGGAUCUGCCCAGGAAUGAGGGACAGGACAAAGCCCUUUGUCUGUCUGUCUGUCCUUCCUUCUCGGCUCCACGGGGACAAGGGACAGGACAAAGCCCUUUGUCUGUCUGUCUGUCUGUCCUUCCUUCUCGGCUCCACGGGGACAAGGGACAGGACAAAGCCCUUUGUCUGUCUGUCUGUCUGUCCUUCCUUCUCGGCUCCAUGGGGACAAGGGACAGGACAAAGCCUUUCCUGGAUCUCGGCUCCACCCUCAGGGCGGCGGUGCCAAGCAGGACCCGCUGCAUUCCUGGGAUCCCCGGCAGAUCCCACAUCCCGCUCACCGCGCCCCCGAGCCUCUGGAAUGUCCUUCCGUGCCUCUGGAAUGUUCUUCCCGUGCCUCUGGAAUGUCCUUGUGCCUCUGGAAUGUCCUUCCCGUGCCUCUGGAAUGUCCUUGUGCCUCUGGAAUGUCCUUCCCGUGCCUCUGGAAUGUCCUUCCCGUGCAUCCCGCUGCCAGGCUCUCGUGGAAUCCAGGGCUGGGAAUGCACCCAGAGCUCCCCAGGCUCCCCCUUCCUCCAGCUCCUGAGGGAAUAAAGGGAUUUCUUUUUUCUGGAGCAGCUCAGUGAUCAUUCCUGUGAGGAGCUGGGAUGGGGAGGGCUGGAUGAGCAGAUGGGAAACACCAGAAUUCCAGAGGCUGGGAGGGUGAAACACCAGAAUUCCAGAGGCUGGGAGGGUGAAACACCAGAAUUCCAGAGGCUGGGAAUGUGAAUCUGGAAUUCCAGAGGCUGGGAAGGGGAAACCCCAGAAUUCCAGAGGUUGGGAGGGUGAAACCCAAAUUCCAGAGACUGGGAAUGUGAAUCCUGAAUUCCAGACGUUGGGAGGGUGAAACCCCAGAAUUCCAGAGGUUGGGAGGGUGAAACCUGAAUUCCAGAGGUUGGGAGGGUGAAACACCCAGGUUCCAGAGGCUGGGAAGGCUCCCUGGUGCUGAGGGGAUAAAAGAGACAAAUAAGGAGAAGGGGAGACUCCCACGAGCUGACACCACAGAGCAGAGGAAGGAAAACCACAAAACUCCUGCAAAACCCUGGGAGUGGGUUGGAAUUCCUGGCCAAACGGAAUUCAGGAGACGCAGGAGCUUCCCCUGCCCUGCCCAGCAAACAGCACCAAGGAAAGCAGGAUUCUCCUUCAUCCUGGGGAAAAGGAAGAAGCAGCAGGCCCCUUAAAAACCUCUUUAAUCGUUUCCAAACUUUAUUUCUGGGUGAUUGGACGAAAGACACGAGUUAGUAAUGGUUACAUCAUGCUGCUCCUCUACUGCCAGGACUCAGCCAGCAGCUCCCCAGGGAUUCACCCUCUCCAUGGACACCUCAGGGGUUUUAAAUUAAAAAAAAGCCAAAAAAAAAAAAAAUCAAAACCAGAAAAAAAAACCCCAACCUCAAUGUCUUUUUUUUUUGGAUUUUUUUUUUUUUUUUUUUUUUUUUUUUGCAGGUUCUGUGGUAGAAAUGUUGUUAAAAACAAAGCCCAGGUGAAUGUGCUGCUGGAAAUUCCAAAUGCUCCCCCACAAGGACACAAAUCCUGGUUUAAGGCAUUUCCAAGCCCCAGCAAAAGCAGAAUGGGGUUUUUAUAUUUAUUUUUGUUCCAUUCUUGGGGUUUUUUUUUUUGCUCUUUCCUGACUUCAUUCCUGAAAAUCAGCAAAAUCAGCAGCUUCCCCGUCCCUCUGGAGCUGGAACACCAGCCCAGCUGGGAAUGCCAUUCCCAAACAGGGCCAGGGGCACUCCCAGACCCCUCCCUCCCAUCCCACCCCAGCAUUUCCCACCAGGAAUCCCAGUCUGGAGCCAGCAGCCCCCAAAAAUGGGAAUUUUGGCACGCACAGAACCCCCAGGCACAGCAGAGCCCUCAUCCCUCACAGGGCACAGCCCCCAUGGAAUGUCUGACCCUGCCUUUCCCACAGCAAUGUCACAGGUUGGGAAUAUUUAUUUUUUUUUUAAUCAAAUAAAUGAAAUCAGAGCAGA